GUAGAUUCUUCAACGCUUCUUGGAAUAGAAGUGAUCAAAAUACGAAUCAAAUAUGAGGUUUCUAAUAACUCUGGUUGCCUGUUGUGGCAUCGAUCAAUAUCAGUCAUCGGUGGCACUGAAUUCAAAGAGGAAUGAUGACGAUAAGAGUCUUGUUGUUGGUUUAGUUCGUGAAAAUAAGCUUCUUGGCGGUGGUAAGAUGGGCAGGAACAGUUGGCGGCAGCCAGUCCAGUGGCGGCCAUCGUUGUGCACGAUUUCUGAGGAAGAUGUGAUCAAGGCGGAGAGAAUACAGUUGUACGUCAAACCUGGUAACAAAGGCAUGAAGAAUGUAAAACUGUCGACAUCCAGUUAUACGCCUUAUGGAUACAGAAACGAGUUUGUGAUUAAAGAUUCAUGGAAUAUGAUCUCAACCCCGUUCUGGUUUUAGUUUUCUUCGUCGGUUUUAUUAUUGUGGCAGUAUUUGUAUACGAUAGACAAUCAGUAAUAUGUGUGUAAUCCAUUUUUGGAAUCUAAAACAAGAAACAUGCCAUGUUAUCCGUAGGUCACGUUUAUUUAUGGUUACUGAAGGUUUAAUGAUUAUUAUUUCUAGGUCUUAUAAAAUUAGUUGAGGUGGUGUA